AUGCUGCUCCACCAAAAGGAGGCUGAGAAGGGACGUGAUCUCUUCUUCAUCGACGGUGCAUUGUUCUUCCAUCUGCUCCUCCUCUCUCAGCGCUGCCCUCCUUCCUCCUCUCCUCCUCCUCCCCAUCACCCUCCACCCCCUCCCAGGAUGGCCCCCCCGGCCACUUUCCUUUCCCACCGCUUCUUCUGCGCGCCUCGGGAAGGCUCCACCUUCGGAGUCAUCAACCGGGGUCCGUCGCUCGCCCUGACUCGCACCAGCAAAACACACCCCCCCACUCUCUCACUCGUCCUCCCCGGCUUUUUGACCAGGGUAGGGUACAUGACGACUUGGGCUCCACCGUCUCUUUUGUCCGUGUUUCCCUCCUGUCGUUUUUGCAUGGUCAACCUCGUCCCGCCUCGAGGCUGGGAGCCUCGUCCUGACGAAACUCUGUUCCAGCCAGCCUCGCGCCUCGCGAAAUGA